AUGUCCGAUCGAGACGCUUCGAUGCCCGAUCUGCCAGAUCCCGAUGGCGAAGCUCUCAAGUUCGACUUCAGGACGCCGAGUCUGGCCACCACGCCCUUCACCUUUGACCGCCCUACACCAAUCACACGCCCGACCGUCGAUCCUCUUGCUGGGCCUACUGGUGAAGUCCAGAGGAUUCUCGCGCAGAUACUCCCAGCGGCACUCGAAGACGUCGUAAAAGGAACAUUGGACACCCUGCUGCAGCAAGCCGUGGCAAGCAUGGAACAGAAGCUCAGUGGAACCCUCAACACCCUCCAUGCCGACGUUAAAUCUCUCGACACGGCCGUCAGAAGGCUCGAUAAAGCCAGAUUGCCGGCACCUAAGCGCUCAUUGGACUCCGUCAUACCAAAGAUUACCAUCGAACUCACAGGGAACGACUAUAAUAUAGUGGCAGGUAGAACACGCAAGCAACUGCUGAACCAACUGCACGACCAGUCCCCUGCCGUUUUCAAGCUUAUACGAGUUGCACGACUUAGACGUAAUCACCGCGAAGUCAUACUCGAGACGGAGUCGUGGUCAGCGUACAGGGAGCUGAUUAAAACUAACCGAAUUGCUGAAAUUACUAAAAGGCUCUGUCUCCAGAACUUGAGGUCAACAAUCAAGCACGAGAAGUUCUGGGUCGUCUUGCUCGAGCACAACUUCGAUGAAAGUUACCUGAAGGACUGCACGACACACCUUAACCAAUGGAGGCUGGAUACUAAGCUGGAUAUUCGUGGCACGCUAUACAAAGAUAACAGACUACUGUGGUAUUUCACUACAGCCCAUGAAGCCACUAAGGCCUGUCAACGACCCCUAUGGUUUGGAGAGGAUCGUGCACUAGCUCUGUAG